AUGGGUCUGUUCAUCUUGCCACUUCCACGAAACCCAUCACACAAUUUGACCCCGGAGAACAUUCUGCUUGUGCCUACCACCACAAGUUGUGGAAGUACUAGUUUGGUGGCAAAGAUAGCCGAUUUCGGAUUGGCUAAGAGAACAAAAGAAAAGAUGGGUGGAUCUGGAUGUAAAGGCUCUCCUAUGUAUCUGUCUCCAGAAGCUUUGCUUGACAAGUUGCAGGAUCAGCCCUCUGAAAUUUGGUCUGUUGGUUGCGUUGUGCUUGAGAUGCUCACUGGGAAGCCCCCAUGGGAUACGAGUUAUUGUUGGAAGCCUCAGGAUUUCCUGGACAUGCUGGUUUUUUACUCUCCCAAGAUUCCAGCUAAAAUCUCAAAGGAGGGGAGGGAUUUUCUAAAGAUCUGCCCGGCCUCCAAUCCCUGUAAAGGGUUAACUGCUGAAGAGUUCUUAUCUCAUCCGUUCUUUGCUCAGUCAAUACCACCAGAAGAAUGUAAUGGAGCGUCACAAUCUGAUACUGCAAGUGUAACUUUGAGUUCAAGCAGUGAAGAAGUGACUGACUUUGAGGGCAAGAAGCUUGUCUCAGCCGCCAAGGAAGGUCUCAAGCUUGAUGAGAGUGAAGACGAGGCAAAGAAGAAGGAAGAGUUGAAGGAGAAGUUUGAGGGACUCUGCAAGGUUGUGAAGGAUGUUUUGGGUGACAGAGUGGAGAAGGUUGUGAAGGAUGUUUUGGGUGACAGAGAGAGGUUUGAUUUGUCUGUAACCAUGGUUUCUCAAUCUCAAAGUAAGGAGUCUGGCUUGAAAAAAAAUGAAAGUAAGGAGCUUAGAGUUGUAAAUCCUCAAGCCAAUUCCUCGAAGAAGUGA